AUGAGCUCCAGCUUCACACGACCAGGAUCAGCGUCUCAUGUUGCUCGUUCUUCUUGGUCCAAUCCUUCUUCAAGAAUAUCUUCGGCUAAACAUUAUUCUGGUAAUACAUGUCCUUACUGUCAUCAUCCGGUGACGAUGAACGAAGGUUCUGGGGCUGCUUUCCAGGCUUCUUUACAUAAAUUAUUUCCUGGUGCAUAUGGAUUGGAAGAGUUUGUUUUUCUAACGAAACAAACUUUGGUUGCAGAAGGCUUCUAUCCUCAUGUGAAUACUUUCGUUUGUCUUGGUUUAUGUCGUGAUGAAAUCACAAAUCCUUUUGAACUGGCAGUUGAAGCUAUGUGGGGUCAAGCAUUCAUUUGUGGUUCUCUCGGUGGCAUGUUAUUUUGCGGCAAAACUGGUUUCUCUGCUGCACAUCAUCAUGCUCCCGAAGCUGGUUAUUUCGUUUAUUACUGUUUUACGCAUAUUGCGAUUGAUCAUGAAGGAUCGGUUGGUUCUGUUUAUAGAUCACGCAGUGGUAUGAAAGAAAAAACAACAGCAUGUGGAGCUCUCGCUGCAUUUACUGCCGAAAUUGCUUCGAAUAAACUGAAUCUUAAUUUUGAUGAGGAUGAUAUUGAAAUGAGUAUGUUAAAGAAACAUAUUAUCACCCAGACUGGCCUUUCAACCGAUGCCACAAAUGCUCCCGAUUUAUUCAAAGUAACAAUGGCUGCUUACAAAACGAUUACGAUGGAUUUAGAAAGACAUGUUCGAUCCGAUUCAGAAAAAUUUAAAGAUCGAAAGUAUGCCUUAUUUACUGGCGUUCAAAUACAUGGACCAAAUGGAACAGACUAUUGUUGGAUUGGAAAAGCAAGUUUAUUACGAAAAGGAAUAUUAUUACCACUAGUUAUUGCAUCAGAUAUAGAGCCGUUGUCAUCGACUGGACCAAGUAACCCAACGUCACACUGA